GACACUUCGACACACGCCCCUCGCCCGAAAAGAAUUACCGGACAAAUUGGAGAAGCCCGGAAAGCUGGAAAACCGGAAACCUAAAAAGCUGGAAACCUGGAGAGGGCAUGACUGAUUUGCAAGAGGACAACCUCGAUGGCCUCCGUAACGUGGUGCGUCUGUGGAUCUACGGCAUCGCGCUCGUCUUCAUCGCUCUGGCGAUUUUCCUGCUCAUCCUGCCGGAUCUCCUUCGAGUUGUCCUCCUUCCGGACGCCACGGCCACCAUUUGCUUCUUCAUCAUCGGCCUGUUCAUCUUCUGCAUCUACGUAAAUACGACCUGGUUGAGGCGAAAGUUCCCGGUCAACUGGAUCAUCAGCUGCCUGAUUGCCGCCUGUCUGGCUUUUGGAACGGUCACGGUUCUCCCGGAGGGACAUGUUGUUCACGUACUGCUCCUCAGCCUGGAGGUACUCGUAAUGAUGGUGCUGAUCCAGGUGGUUGGCUCCUGGUCGCUGCCCGGCUGUCCGGCGAUGACCUACCUCUUGCUCGCCUGGUUCGUGUUCGUGGUGAUGACCAGUGUCCUGAUGGUCGCCUGCUGUGUCCACCUGCCGGGCAAAGUAUACGCCUUCGAGGCAGCCGUUCACUUUGUGCUCUGGCAGAUCGCCUUUCCGAUCAUCGGAUUUCAGGCGCAGGUCAUCUCCGGCCACUGGGACAACCUGCCGCCCAUCCUGGACAGACCUCUGUGCUCCACGGUGCUGCUGAUCGACUUUCUCGCCUGCUUCGUCUUCCUGGACUGCGCCGAUGACAUUGCUUACGAGUACUACUACCUCAGCAAAAAGUCAACGUCUGACUUUCUCGGCAGAGUCAUAAAAAGCCAAAUGUGAAGGGGGCAAAUGGGGAUUCCUUUCAAAUUGGAGAGCAAUCCAUAGCAAAUAGUUGCUGAGAUAUUUUUGAGUAGUUAUGAAAAUGAGUGAAAUUUAACAAAUGUACAAUAUAACCCGAGAACUACUGAUUUUUGACAA